UUCAUCUUGUCAACCAAUAUAAAUAGACACAUCUUUCAUUUCCCUUUCUCUCUCUAUUUCCUCUCUCUUUCCAAAUCUCCUUUUCACCAUGAAAAUACCUUAACGUCACAACCCAUCAACAAAAAGUUAAAACCCAUCUCAAAAGUUGAAAACUUUGAACCUUUUCACCUCCCAAUGCAAGACCCCACUUCCGCCGCCGUUGAAACCGACCACCAAUCACCACCGCCGCCGUCACCCUACAAACGGAACAACAAAACAAAACGGCCCGUUUUCAAAGUCCUACCAGGGCAGAUCGCGUUUCGUCUGGUGUGUCACUCGUCAACGGUCGGCGGUUUGAUCGGCAGUUCAGGGUCAAUAGUCUCGCAGCUCCGGCGAGAAACCGGAUGUAAAAUCCACUGUGAGGAUGCUGUUGACGGUACUGAUGAUAGGGUUAUUUUGGUAAUUGGGUCGUUGUUACCGAGGAAGGGUUUUGAAGUGGGUGAUGGGGAACUUCAGGUUUCUAAUGCACAAGAAGCUGUGGUUAGGGUUUUUGAGAGGAUUUGGGAACUUGAAGGUGAAAAAGGGGUUAAUAGUAAUGGUAAUAAUAGAGGAAUGAAUGUUGAAGUUUUUGGUAAAUUGUUGGCACAUUCUUCUCAGGUUGGUGCUGUUGUUGGAAAAGGAGGGAAGAAUAUAAGCACUAUUAGGAAUAAUACUGGUACUAAAAUUAGGGUUUGUCCUGCUCCACUUUCUGCUGCUAAAGAUGAGGAGUUAGUUCUUAUAACUGGUGAUAGUCUGGCUGUAAAGAAAGCAUUGAUUUUCGUAUCUCAUUGUCUUCAAGAUUGUCCGCCGAUGAGCAAAGUUUAUCUAAACGCACCAACUGUUAGCUCUUGGGAUAGGCCAAUUGCUAAUCCACAUGAAGAUAUUUUUCCUCACGUUACUUCAUGGUUACCUUCCAUGGAAGGCUUAUCUAUAAACGAUGCUUCAAAACAGAUGACAAACUCUAACGGUAACUUUAGCCUUGACUCGAAGGGUACUGGACACGAAGUUGUUUUCAGACUCCUUUGCUCUAACAAUGUAGCGGGUAGUGUGAUUGGCAAAAAAGGGUCUAUAGUCAGAACUUUUGAAAUCCAAACAGGUGCUUCUAUUGUCUUUGCACCUCCUGUAAAUCAGUUUGAAGAGCGCAUCAUCACCAUUUCUGCUUUUGAGAACCUUGAAUAUAGUAAUUCUCCUGCACAAGAUGCUGUUAUUCUCGUCUUUGCUAGAAUUGUUGAAGAUCACAUUCGAUAUGGAUUUCACCCAGCCUCUAGUGCGGAAUCACCUGUAACUGCAAGAAUUUUAGUUGCACCAAGCACAGUGAAUUUCUUGACUGGUAAUGAAGGUCAAGUGAUUUCAGAAUUGAGAGAAGUCAACGGGGCUGACAUUCAAAUACUGCACGGAGUGCCAGUUCCAAAUGGUGCUUUAGAUAAUGAUGCGGUUGUCCAGAUCACUGGUGGAUACAAAUGUGUAGAAAAUGCUUUACGUAAAUUGACUUCUAGAAUUAGGGAUAAUCAUUUGCCCAACGAGGUGCUUGCUGAAGCAAGAAUGAAAUCAAGUUUUCAAGCAAAUAAGGAUACUGUUAGGAACAAGUUCAUUCCCCGCAGAAAAUCUGCUUUUCCUAUUGGGAGGUUUCCACCACAGAAUGCGGGGAUGCAUGCUAAAAUGGCCACAGAAAAUGGGGAAAUUUUGGAUCAUGACAGAGGAAACAUGCUUGCCACUGUGACAAACACUACCGUGGAGAUUAUAGUUUCAGAACAUGUCUUUGCUUCUGUUUAUGGUGAAAAUGGUGGGAAUUUAGAUCAAAUCAGACAGAUUUCAGGCGCAAAUGUAACCGUAUAUGAUCCUAGCGUUGGUACAAACGGAGGGAAGGUUGUGAUAUCUGGAACACCUGAUCAAACAUUUGCAGCUCAGAGUUUGCUUCAAGCUUUCAUUCAAACUGCACAAGUAAGCUGAUAGAUGGAUGGAUGGCUAGUUGCAUUUCAUUUUAGUUUCCAGUUCUUCCUUCAAGACAGGAGGAAGUGCCUUAGUGGUUUGUUGGUGUACAUAGGUAUAUCACACGGCUUCACUAGUCAAUCAGUUACCUUCACAUUGUGAAUAAUAUUACAAUAGACUCACUCUUUCACUUCAAAAUGAUGUGAUGGUUUACCUUUUGUAGAGACUAACACACAAAUUCUAAUUCAUUUCGGUUUCUUUCUUAA